CCCUGGGAACGAGGUCGCAGGCGGAAGUAUCAAACUUGUCCAAGUUUGACUACGAAAAGGGGCGGUGGAAUUCUCCCAUGAAGUGAUUUCUUGAUUCUCUUCAUCUUUGGGCCGUGAUCAUGUCGGUUGGAGUUUCGAUGUGUAGGUUUAGAAAGCAGUUGCCAAAGGGACAUGGAAAAAUGACUAUCGGCAGUGGAUGCGUCGUCCAUCGAAAAUUCAAUUCCGACGGCUCGAAUUCGAAGGAGGACAUUUUCUUGGUCACCACAACGCAAGUCGUAACUAAGCAAGAGCUGCUCGCGAACAAUACGGGAAUAACAGCUGAAUUUCUCAACAAACGGGAGUCCUUUAGUUUGGAUUCCGCAGAAGUGUUCGACAUUCCUGAUCCUGUGCAUGGAGGAAUACUGGCAGGAAUGGAGAGCAGCGAAGCCAAGAGGAUGCAGCAAGAAUCGGCUCAAGUGUCGUUCAUCUUUAUACCCGUGCACAAAUUUGAUAGCAGAAAUGCGUUUGUUAAGAAAUUCAUCCCUUUUGUCACUUUCAGUCUGGAAAAGAAACGUCCCAUGCCCUCCAGGUCUCAAAGUGAUGAAAUCUUGCAGUCUUCCAUCGCAAGUAGAAAGGUGCUGUGCCAUGUUCUUUCCGACUCUGGCAGAGGAGACGGCUACUAUAACACCGAGCCAUACUGCCUCGAGUUUCGAGAUGAAACCAACGAUUUCACUCUAACUUCAGUAACUGACCGUGAUGGCGCAGCAGUUGAGAGUCAGAAGGAUCUCCACAGAGAGGAGAAACCAUGGGGAGCUCUCCUUAUGAACGAAGAAGGAGAAUUCGUGGGAAUGCUGGCUGUUGGAACCUCACAACAAAAGAAAUUGUAUCCCUUGUUCCUGCCGACGCUGGCCCAAGACAAUCAGUCUAGUGAAGGGAACCAAGAAGCUGUUAACCCAAAUUUAGAUCAGCCAUAUAGCCAAAAAGAACAACUCAAUCCAAACCUUGCAAAUUUGGACCAAAAGACAGGAAAUGGUUGUACUCCAGACAAAGAAAGAAUCAGUGAUUACAACAAAAAAUCACUUCUGUUGGUGGAUUUGCCAAAGUCAGCAGAUGCAUACCCUAGACAAGAUGAAAUGCCAGUUUCCAGUAAUUUACCCUCAUCUACAAAAGAAUUUGCCACAUUUGAUGAUCAAUAUGAUCAUGAUCCAAUGGAUAUCCAAGACUCAAAACCCUCCUCUUGGGUGGUGAAUAUAAAUGCUCACCAACAGGGUAGACAAAACAUUGCAACUCAACAUUCCUAUCAAAGUGCAUCAUUUUCAUCUGUACGAGGCUGUGGUGUUCGUGAGACCCCAAGUUUGCCUCCUGAGAAGGACAGACCCCCUAGAAAUCGUUCUUCCAAUGGGCAGAGUCGCCAUGGUGACACUGAUCUGCCUUCUUUACCCAGAAGCCAGAGUGAUGUGUUUGGUCCAGAAACCCCUAAUCAAAGCCCACAUACAACUCGUCACAACACAAUUCCAAGAAAACAGCUAGAGCAUAUUCUGCCAGGGUCUUUUUUGAAGGACGAAAUUGUCAGUCGGCAAGAUGCCAUGGAUGUUCUUAUCCUUCAUCUGGACAGAUCAGUCUGUCUUGCUCCUGGGAUUCCAGACACUCAACGUUGGGAGCGUCUUGCUGACCAGUUAAAGGUACCAGACGAUGUAAAGAGUCAAUGUGCAAAUUUCUCUGGAAAGCUGAGCUCAAGUGAAUCAUUGUUUGAGCACUUAUGUGCAACACAAGACUUCCUUACAGUGAAACAGGUCAAAAGCUGCCUCAAGAAUCUGGGUCGAAAUGAUGUUGUUGCGGAGCUGGAGAAAAACAUUCACCUCAAAGACGAAAGUACAGUCACCGACCUUUAUGAAAAGCAUUCAGAAUCACUGUGUAAUAUAUGCAUGAAACUUGACGACAAGCGAAGCAUAAGGAAUUGGUCCCAUUUUGGAAUUGCGCUUGGCAUCAAAUCAAGAACCCUAAAAAGAUUGAGAGACCCCUCUGGAGACAGUCCAAGUGAGUUGGUCCUGAAAAUGAUCCAAACAAGAAAACCGCGUCUUCCGUUGGAGAAACUGGUUGCGGUUAUCAACUUACCGGGCGUAACUAAAGCACUGGCUAGUUUUCCAGGUAACAGCACUAUCGAAACAUUGCUUGGUAACAUGGACGCCAUGGAAAACGUAACGACAUUGUUGGAUCCUGAUAGAAAGUGGCAACGCGUUGGUCAGCAUUAUAACAUCGACCAGAGAAUCCUUGAUAACUUAAAGCCAGGUGAUUUCCAGAGUCCAACAAAAACCAUGUUGGAAUACAUUGUUAAAAGAGAACCAACCGCGACUGUGGAUACCUUCCUGAGGUCUCUACUGAACAUAAAUCGCUCCGAUGUUAUAGAGGACCUAAAGGAGAUUUUUUAUGCGGAUGACAUUGAGAGAAUACUGCGGGCGGGAGGACCUGUACCUGUACCUGUAUAAUUUGGCAGAGAGGUGGAACUAGUGGCUUUUCAAAUCUUCAAAGUUGGAAACAAGACUGGUUUUGAAAACAAUCAAGUUCUGCGUAUAUUCUUAGUACAAUGACAGAUUUUAUGACAGAUUUU